AUGGUCUUUUAUAAACCAUCUGGUAAAUCACAGGAAUUGGCACAACAGGCACACAAGGAAGCAUCAGCUGCAGACAAACCCAAAACUGUUGAGGAGUUGGUCCCUGACUACCUCCACAAUUUGAAGUCAGUCUUUGAAAAGAAAGCAGCUGAACGCUUCCCAGAAACCAGGCCUUGGGACCACGCCAUUGACUUGAAACCUGAUUUUGUUCCACGCGACUGUAAAGUCUAUCCGUUAUCGCUCAAGGAACAAGGAGCGAUGGAUGACUUUUUGGAAGAAAAUCUGCAAAAAGGAUACAUUCGACCAUCGAAAUCCCCCAUGGCCUCACCAUUCUUCUUUGUUAGAAAGAAAGACGGAGCAUUACGUCCCUGUCAGGAUUACCAAUACCUGAAUGAAGGGACAGUUAAGAACGCCUACCCCCUUCCGCUCAUUUCUGAGCUCAUGGAUCAACUCAAGGGUGCAUCAAUCUUUACAAAAAUGGAUCUACGCUCGGGAUAUAACAAUGUCAGAGUCAAAGAUGGUGACCAAUGGAAAGGCGUGUUUAAGACAAACUGCGGACUUUUCGAACCUAUGGUCAUGUUCUUUGGACUUUGCAACUCCCCGGCGACUUUCCAAAUGAUGAUGAAUGCACUCUUCGAGGACAUAAUCAACGAAGGAUGGAUAGUCAUUUACAUGGAUGAUAUCCUCAUUUUCUCGAACAAUUUGGAACAACAUCACAUUCGAACCCGACGUGUACUCCAACGACUCAAAAACAAUGACCUAUUCCUUAAACCAGAAAAGUGUUUCUUUAAUGUUAAGGAAGUCGAAUUCCUAGGCAUGAUUAUUCGAGAGAACUACAUCAGCAUGGACCCUAUCAAACUUAAAGGAAUUGCAGAAUGGCCUGAACCAAGCACGGUAAAAGGUGUUCGCUCUUUCCUCGGGUUUGGAAACUUCUACUGA